AUGACGGGGUGUGCCAUGACGGAUGACAGUCCGCGCAGUCACGUCCAGCGAUGUGGUGGCAUAAGGUAUGCGUUAACUCUAGCGUGUCUGGAGAUGUUCUCUUCCAUCGGCAAGCGAGCGGCGCAGGUCAGCGCGGCCUUGGUUUCGGAACGGACGUCGCUUGUGGACGACGUCACGCAGGGGAGGGAGAGCAUGAGCGGAUGGACCGACGACGUAGGACACUUUGCUAGAAGACUCCACAGACGUUAUCACAGUAUGGUAUUGUUCGUACCCAUCCAUGUCGGCGUGUUAUGUUUCAGCUUGGAGGCAGCGGGAAAGCGUCCCGGAGUUGAUGACUACGAGACCAUACUCACACUUGCAUCGCUGCGAGAUGGUCAUCCUGUCUGCACACACGAUGCGGAAGCUAGGAGUGAUUCCGAGCAAUGUAGUACUAUCAACAUGAAUAAUUCCGGAGACAAUCGGAAUAGGCUAGGACAAGCAGCAAACAGCAAGAAGUCUGCUAACUGCGACGACAGUCACAGAGGACCUCAACUCGAGAGAAAACUGCGCACCACAUACAGCUGUUUCAUCAAACACGAGGUGCAAGGACGAGACAUGGUCACGCAUGUGAUCGAGACUGGUACGAGCAGCAACUACUAG